AUGACCAGGUGCAGACUUCCUUCUAAGCACACCAUCAUGUCUACAGACUCUCCCAGCUCCACGUUUACUCCCAGUGCCAACAGGUCCUUGACAACGACACCAGCCCUUCAGGCCUCCUCCCUACGCACCUGUGAGCCUCCAGGGUCCUCCCUCCAGCAGAUGGCGCACUCACAGUGUGAGGAGAGCAGUUCUGUGUCAUUUACCACUGCCCAGCGCGAGAGAGAAAGCGCCACCUACAGACAGAGAAAUGCCGCUGCAGAGACCUGCAGGAGGCACAGCAUUGAUGGAGCCAUGGUAACACAGAGUCAAAGGUCAAACUUAGGGUCAGGGUCGGCUGACCGCUUCCACCCCUACCGACGUCAGUUCAGCGAUGGUGGGGUUGCCACGGAUUGCCUGGCCCCUGGUCCCCCUGGGUCUCGUCCCUUCGUCUGUCUCAGAGAGGUGGAGGCUCCAGAUAGCUUCACUGCCACACACACAUCUACCAGUGAGGAACAGACAUGCUGGGAUCCAUACAACGGGAGUUUCCAGGCUUCCAGACUGAUGCAGGGCUCCCAGCACUCUUACCCAGAACCACUGGCUGCACCCGAGGAACCUUCCUGCUUCCUGUCCCAAGGCCAUGCCUCCUACAGCCCCCUAGCCCCACUGCAGCAGUUCUCACCAGGUGUGUAUUCUACCAGUGGACAAUCCAAAAGUUCUCAGUACUCUCUCCAGUGCCUCGCCACUCCAACCCAUCAGGACAGUAGCAUGCAGUCCCUCUUCCCCAAGCCCAUCUACUCAUACAGCAUCCUGAUCUUCAUGGCUCUGAGGAACAGUAAGACAGGGAGUCUCCCGGUUAGUGAGAUCUACAAGUUCAUGACUGAACACUUCCCCUACUUCAAGACGGCUCCAGAUGGAUGGAAGAACUCGGUCCGCCACAACCUGUCUCUGAAUAAGUGCUUUGAGAAGGUGGAGAAUAAGAUUGGCAACUCUUCGCGUAAGGGCUGCCUGUGGGCCCUCAACCCAGCCAAGAUAGAGAAGAUGCAGGAGGAGCUACACAAGUGGCGCCGCAAAGACCCCCUCACUGUCCGCAAGAGCAUGGCCAGGCCGGAUGACCUGGAUCGCCUGUUGGGGGAAAGACCAGAGAACCUGAAAUCUUUACCUUCCUACCACAACCAGACCCCACUGUCAAGAUCUACCACAAACUACAACCCUACCCCUUCCUCCUUCACUCCAUCCCAGCCUCGAGAGCCCUGUCGCCCUCUCCGACGUCCCCUCUACCCCCACGUCCCCCCUCCCUCCCUGACAGUCAACCAGCACCCCCGCUUCCUGCCCCCCACCACCCCCCACCCCUUCUCCUUCUACUCUCCCUGCGGACAGCAGCCUCCAUCGGGUAUCCCCCCCAAUGUGGGUACCCUGGGUUCCACCCUGGUGGAGCAGACACCCUCCACCUGUACUGCCACCAUGCAGGCAGAGUAUGAUGUUGGGCCCAGGAGCAUGCAGGAGCUACAGCUAGAUGGAGAUGCUAGUAACGAUAUCGACACGCUCAACCCCAGCUUGACUGACCUGCAGCUCCACGGUUACUUGUGGGAGGAGCUGAGAGAGGACAGUCUGGCUCCUGAUUCGCUGGUGGCAAUCAGCCCCUCACCCUCCUCUUCCCAGCCAACACACUUCCUCCUGGGGUCCAGUCUGAGGAGCACCGGUCCUGUCAACCAGACAUCAGAGUUGAUCUCCGUCGGGCUGGGGAAGGAAGAGGAGGAAGAUGAGGAGAUGGGGGGAGGAUGUGGAGGUCCAUCAGACCUCCAUAUUAAUGGACAGUACCACACAGCCUACCCAGGUGUAGAGAGCUUGGCAGGUUACCUCACUUCCAUGGGAAACACCCCCAUACCUCUGCUUUGA